AUGCUCUUCUUCAGUUUCUUCAAGACGCUCAUCGACCAUGAGGUCACCGUCGAGCUCAAGAACGACAUCCAGAUCCGCGGCAUCCUCAAGAGCGUCGACCAGUACCUCAACAUCAAGUUGGAAGAAAUUUCCGUCGUCGAAGAGCUCAAGUACCCGCAUCUGAGCUCUGUCAAGAACGUCUUCAUCCGUGGCUCCGUUGUUCGUUAUGUUCACUUGCCCGCUGGCUCAGUAGAUGUUCCCCUCCUGGAGGACGCGACGCGCAGAGAGGCUGCUGCCCAGGCCGCAAAAGCGAAAUAG